GCGCGCAGAGCCGGCAUGGGCCGCGGGCGCGGCGCGGGGGGCCGCCGCUGGGCCGGCCCGGGCGUGCUGCUGGCGCUGGCGGCCGCGCUCCUGGCCGCGGGCUCGGCCAGCGAGUACGACUACGUGAGCUUCCAGUCGGACGUCGGCUCGUACCCGAGCGGCCGCUUCUACGCCAAGCCGCCGCAGUGCGUGGACAUCCCCGCGGACCUGCGGCUGUGCCACAACGUGGGCUACAAGAGGAUGGUGCUGCCCAACCUGCUGGAGCACGAGACCAUGGCCGAGGUGAAGCAGCAGGCCAGCAGCUGGGUGCCCCUGCUCAACAAGAACUGCCACAUGGGCACGCAGGUCUUCCUCUGCUCGCUCUUCGCGCCCGUCUGCCUCGACCGGCCCAUCUACCCGUGCCGCUGGCUCUGCGAGGCCGUGCGCGACUCGUGCGAGCCCGUCAUGCAGUUCUUCGGCUUCUACUGGCCGGAGAUGCUCAAGUGCGACAAGUUCCCCGAGGGGGACGUCUGCAUCGCCAUGACCCCGCCCAAUGCCACCGAAGCCUCCAAGCCCCCAGGCACAACGGUGUGUCCUCCAUGUGACAACGAGUUGAAAUCUGAGGCCAUAAUUGAGCAUCUCUGUGCCAGCGAGUUUGCACUGAGGAUGAAAAUAAAAGAAGUGAAGAAAGAAAAUGGUGACAAAAAGAUUGUCCCCAAGAAGAAGAAGCCGCUGAAGUUGGGGCCCAUCAAGAAGAAGGAGCUGAAGAAGCUCGUCCUGUACCUGAAGAACGGGGCCGACUGCCCCUGCCACCAGCUGGACAACCUCAGCCACCACUUCCUCAUCCUGGGCCGGAAGGUGAAGAGCCAGUACCUGCUGACGGCCAUCCACAGGUGGGACAAGAGAAACCAGGAGUUCAGAAACUUCAUGAAGAAGAUGAAGAACCACGAAUGCCCCACUUUUCAGUCGGUCUUUAAGUGAUGGCCCAGGGGCGGGUUGGGGAGGGAGCUGGGGGUGGGGGGAGAGCCAUGACCUGGACCGCAGCGGUGGCACACGCAAGCACACAUCGCUCUGUGGCAGUGGACCUUGCGGUCCCGCCGGCUUUGUCCUUGCCGCCUGCUCACCCCCUCCCCUCCACAGCCACGCUCCAGCCCCAGGGCAGCCGCGUCCAGGGGAGGCGAGGGCCACUUAGGUUAGGAAGGCUUUGAGGUCUCAGCGCGGAGCCGCAGCCGCUGCGCAGAAGGAGGUGCCAGACCGUCUCCACCAGAGGUGCAGUCACUAAGAAACUAAACCCUGUUUGCCAGUG